AUAAAAUGGGACCAAACUGUGAUAAGCGUAGCAUUGGACCAGCAGGUGGUCUAGUGCCGGUGGGUGUUGGUGGCAAUCCCGAGGCACCAUAUUGGAUGACAGCUUCCGAGGGGGGUUUCAUAAAUUCCCAGCCAUCAAUGGCUGAAUUUUUGAAUCAUUUGAGUCCAGAAAGUCCCAAAAUUAUGGGUGGUGGUGCGGGCGGCGGAAAUGGCAGUGGAGGUGUAACACCCGUCGGUGGCGUAGGAUAUCCGGUUGGUAUUGGUAUGCCACAGACACCAGAUGGUAUGGAUUCGGUGCCGGAAUAUCCAUGGAUGAAAGAAAAGAAAACAUCAAGGAAGAAUAGCAACAAUAAUAGUCAAG